AACGAAUGUCUUCACUUCUGCUUGUAGAAUUCUAAAACCGUUUCGACAGGUUUCUCUCUACAUUUCACGCGAGUUAACUCAGAGUAAACAAGAGAAGCUUUUCCAUUCCAUAAAUUGAAGAAGUGUUCUUCCCGUGAAUAAUGUCCGAUACCGGCAUAGACGAAAGGGUCGUGGACGAGAUAGAAGCCCUGAAGGCAAUUCUCCUGGACGAUGAGCUCAAUAUAAAAGAGAACGAGAGCGGUGAGCCGGAAUUAAUAGAGAUUUUAGUGUUUCCCUCGACUGGAGAAGAUUCUCAAUCUCAAUAUGUUUGUGUCUCACUUGUUGUCAAAUUGGUUCCUGGAUAUCCAGAUGUUUCUCCCGAUGUCAGUUUUCGGAAUCCUAGAGGUUUGGAUGAAGGAACGAUGAAAAUUAUUCAGUCCGAGGCUUACACGAAGUGCCAGGAUUUUGUCGGACAACCUGUCAUGUUUGAAUUAAUUGAGUUAGUAAGAGAGCAUCUGACAGAAAGCAAUCUUCCCACUGGACAAUGUGCAGUUUGCCUGUAUGGAUUUACCGAAGGAGACGAAUUUACAAAAACUGAAUGCUAUCAUCACUUUCACUCUCAUUGCUUGGCAUCUCACGUUGCAGCUGCAAAACGAUAUUAUCGAGAAGAACAAGAUAAAUUACCCCAAUGGCAGAAAGAUAGUACGAAAAUAUUUCAGCCAAUCUGUCCCGUAUGUCGAGAGCCAAUUAGCUGUGACUUUGGUAAAUUAAAUUCGGCGCCACCUCCAGUUGAGGCCGAGAAAGAUACAGAGUUUUCAUUAACAGAAGAAUUGCGAGAACUUCAGAAAAAAAUGACAGUUUUAUACCUCCACCAGCAAAAACGAGGAGGUAUCAUCGAUUUGGAAGCUGAGGGAGUUAAAAUGCUAGUUCGAACAGAAGACGAAUCUGUUUCAGCUGCAGAAGAAUUGAGUCCACCUGGCCCCAGUUUAAACACUUUUUCGGAUCAGGCAGCCCAAGUGCAAUCGAUAAAUACGAAUCAAAAUGCUCAACAGCAGCAGCAGCAGCAACAACCGCCAAAUCACACGAGACAAUCGCAUCACAAUCACCAUGGCCAUAAUAAUCAUGGCCAUCGGAAUCGAGAUCGUGGCCGAGGUCACUACCGUCGUCACUUUGAGAAAGCCAGACAAACCGACUCGACCUCCAGAUGACAAUGGGCCGACUAUCUUAAAUCCUGGUCUCUCUCUUCACCGAGUGUAGCCACUAUGAUUAAAAUUAGUAGCAUAGUCUCUGUAAUAUACCCUGGCUGCAGUCUAACUUUUAAUCGUAUCUGUAUUCCAAAAUUGUAGGCAUUGCUGUCUAGCAACAUUUCCAUUGUCAGAGCUCCUGGCACUGGAUAUGUUGAAAUGGAAAUUGAAAUUAUUGAAAUCUGCAAGGGGUGUCUGAAUAGACUGAAGUCGAGGUGCUUUCUUUUUCGCCUCGAUCGAAUCAGUGGCUCUUUGAAUUAUUUCAAAUUACGUUUAGCUAGAUUGUCGAUUGAUCAAAAACCAACAGAAUUUUGGAUUUUACAAGAAUUUUCAAGGGGAAACAGCUGACGAUAGUAUAAUUUAGGCUCAUGGUCUUAUUUUAUUUUUUUGUUAUUAUGAAGAAUCAAUCAUUCGAGGGGUAAACGGACAAAACCUGAUAAAUCUCUUCUAAUUAUUAAACAGAGGGUGUCUACCCUACCUGGGAAAUCUGAAAAACUUGGAAUUUUCAGGGCAUUUUUUUUAAGACAGGGAACUUUUUAGAGAUUGCUUUAGUUUUUUUUUUAUUGCAACAUUAAAUUGAGUAAUAAUGAUUUAUCAUUUGUAUAAUUAGCUUCGUAUCAAUGUAUUGAACUAUUUUAUUGAAAAUUCGUUUUUUUUCUGAAAAUAAUUUUUUUGACUGAAAACUCAUUAUUUUGGUUGAAUCCCAUUAUUCUUU